CCCUCGGACUGUAAACACUUGGGUGUCCGGGCUGCCUUUCUUCCCGUUUCCCUGCUCAGCACUAGGGGUGCUGCUCCCCGACGCCCGUCCACGCGCACGGAGCCGAGCGGGCGUCCUCCUGGGAGCUGCGUGGUGUGGUGGGAUCCGCGACUGCCCACCACAUCCAGCCCUCGCCUGCUGGCAGCAUCUGACCACAGCAUGAUGUGGGGGUGCCUGUAAGGCUCCUGGCCCGGGAACCGUGGCCGUGGAGGAUCCUGGCUUUCAUUUUUGAGAGUUUGCUCAGGUGGAAGCUUGGAGACGUCCAUCUGUGCUUCGUUGCAGAAACCUUAAAGAAAAAGGGAAGGAAGGUUGAAAUGUUGGGUUCUUAACUCUUCCAUUUUUUAUUUCUUAAUUCUAACUGGUCGAGGUUUCUGGUGUUGUCAGCUGUUUGGUUUCUAAAACAACCGAGCGCAGCGCAGCCUCUUCACGGCCGUCAUUUCCUGGAAGCGGGUCUUUAGUGCGAGAGGGCCGGGGCUGCCGCUGGGAAGCUUCUAGCAAGGUGUUGAGGAAGUAAACACUUUCACGUGGCCAGUACAGCGCAAAUACGGCAGUUCAUGCCAUCUGAAAGUGAAACUUGCUACAAACAAAAAUGAAACCGGCUCUUUUUGAAGUAUCCCGGUAUGCCUGUUACAUAUGGGGAAGCAGUGCUCCUUUGAAGAUGGCUGGUGAUUUCUCCAAGAUAAAUGGAUGCAGAUAACCGAUUGUUCCUUGGGACAAGGAAACCUGCAUGGGUGUCAACAAUCAAAGUUACAUAUGUGAAACGGGCCACUGUUGUGGACAAUCCCAGUGUUGCAACUACUACUAUGAACUCUGGUGGUUUUGGCUGGUGUGGACCAUCAUCAUCAUUCUCAGCUGCUGUUGUGUUUGCCAUCACCGACGCACCAAGCACCGUCUGCAGGCCCAGCAGCGGCAACAUGAGAUCAACCUGAUCGCUUACCGGGAAGCCCACAACUACUCAGCCCUGCCCUUCUAUUUACGGUUUCUGCCAAAUUAUUUACUACCUCCCUACGAGGAAGUGGUGAACCGACCGCCAACCCCGCCACCGCCAUACAGUGCCUUACAUCAGCAGUGCGUCCCAGCAGGCAGCAGUAGCACAAUCCCAGACACGCCAAGAAACCUGCAGCCAGCACAGAGCAGCUCGGCAGCACCCAGCGGCAAUAACAGCAGUACUGACAACACCGGGUCGCCCGGCCUCGGGGACCCCGAGCCUUCCACCGCCGCGCUGGUCGAGCGAGCAGUUGCCAAAAUGCAGAGCGUGGAGCCCGGUGGUACCAGCACGGGAGCUGAGCUAGUGGAGAGGGCCAGUCCCGAAAAGGAUACGGAGUGCAAGGAGGAACUGCUAAAAGGUUACAGCUCUGAGAGCUUAGAGCAGAGCAGCGCGAUUCCCGACGCGAAGGACAAGACGCCGGGCAGGCAGCGCCGCUUCACGGGCGACUCGGGCAUCGAAGUCUGCGUAUGCAACCGGGGCCAUCACGACGACGACCUCAAGGAGUUCGACGGGCUCAUCGAUGAUGCUCUCGACGGGCCCCUGGACUUCUGCGACAGCUGCAGCGGCCGCCCGCACGGGGACGAGGAGGAAGGGCUUUUUAAUGCCGCGGAAGAGCAGCACCGUGAACACAGCCACCACCACCUGCCCCGGCAGCCGGUGUGUGUACUCUUGAACACAAUAAAUGAGCAGGACUCUCCAAACUCUCGUACCAAUAACUCCCCCAGCUAAGGUGGAAGAGUGGAAGGGAGAAUCGGGGGAAAAAAGAACACAAAGAAAUAAAAGUAAAAUAAGCAGAUUAAAACUUUAAGAGGAGGAAAAGGUGAUAUACAACCUUUUUUUUUUUGUUUGUUUUUUGUUUUCCUCCCCUCCAGUGUAAUUCGGGGGCUAGUCCCGAAGGCCCAGCUUGUGGGGGACGGGUUGCUCUGGGUUUUGUUAAUCAUGUCCAUCCUGCUCUGUGAGGCAGGGAGUGAUGUUUCUCAAUGAGACCUUCUAACAAAUUGAACUUUCCCAAUGGUGAUUUUGGUGAUGGUUAUUAUGAGUUUGUUGGUUUUAGUUUUCCAGAACACUGCUUUGUCUCGCAAUCAGUAAAGCUCAGCAAAUCUCACCCUGGGAGGAUACGAAAUCACCAUAAGGCUUCAACCUCCAGGUGUCUUCCCAGAAGCAAGCAGCUUCUGACAGUGCCGGCAGUCAGUAGCCCAAGAGUUCUGGUUUGAUAUCGUGCUCUUGAGGCAUUGUGGAUUUCUUUUCAUUUUAACGUUUUUUUUUGUGUGUGUGUUAAACUUUCCCAAAGCUGAUGAACGCCUCAACACAUCAGCCCUAUAAUCUCUGGUGCUUCAGUGUUUAAGACAGCAGGUAGGAAAUUUCCCACUUGAAGCUGGUAACUGAAGGACCAGUUUCUUCCAGGAGUGUUAGUCUACCAUAAGCAGUCUGAAAAGAAAGGGUUUGCAGAAAUUUGCCUUUAUAUGUAAUUUUCAAAGACAAGUGUAUCUGUUCAAUGCCUCCAAGAGCACAGUUAGAAGUAGAAUCAGGGCAGCUGGGCUGCCUUCCAAGUACUGUGGUCUCCGAAUGACCUUUUCCCGGUGUGCUGCAAAAGGGCUUGGCUUUAUUUUUUCCUUAUUUUGCACCCCGAGAGCAGCACACUUGAGUUAAGAUGACAAAAAAAGAACAGGGCUCUCUUUGGCCAGCGUGCCUUCAAGCUUCAGCGAUGCAUGUUGAACAAAUGGAGACGAGAGCUCCGUCCAUUGCGAAGGGAUGACUUUACCAUGUCGAUGUGGAAGACCUGUGCAGUAUUUUUUUUUUUUUUUUAAUCCAAAAGUUUGGUGCGAUUCUGAUGUUGACCACUUACAGGAAAUGAAUGUCUGUUUUCUUUUUCUUUUUUUUUUUUAUGGUGGCAACUGGCUACUGUAUAAUGUCUGUGAGCGUGUGUGUGUGACUGCAAUCCAUGCAUGCGAGUCCUACUGGUAAUAUGAAAACCUGCUGUAAGACUGCAAGAAAAUUUACUGUAGCUUUGCUUUAAUAAACGGUAGAGAUUUUGUUAGUAACAACCCGAAGGGAAAAAAAAAAAAAGUAAGAGCUGAAACUAACAUUCCCUGGAGUGCUCGUGUGGAAGAGAGCACAAUUCAGACUAUGUAUCUUGUUCUUGGGUUUUCUCCCCGUCCCUUUUAUAAUUAUGGUCGUCCAGAUCAUUACUGUUAUGGGGAAAAAAAAAUGAAAACUGAACUCAGUCAUACUCAGAUUUGAUUGAUUGAAAACCAAAAUCAGUUUCAAAUGAGGUGGAAACCAAAAUAUAAUGUCUUUUCUGAUAA